AUGACUCCACAAUCCGGGGUGGAGCUACGUUUCAACGAGCCAGACAGCUAUUACAUCUUCAAUCACGUAGACAUUACAAUUGAAUACCGUGAUAUGACUCAGGAUCAGAACUUUUUAGAUGGAGAACAGGUUGGCGGUCGAAUCAUUCACAUCUUGGUGAAGCCACGUUCCAUCAAACAUGCGAGCCUUGACAAGCUGGAUUGCUCUGAAGGAGCUCCACCUUUAGCUAUCAAGGCAUCAGAAACCAAGACUGAAAUUAUUUACACAUACAAAGUUGAUUGGGUGCCAACAGACGUGAAAUGGUCAUCACGAUGGGAUUACAUCUUGGACUCAAUCCCUCAUUCCAACAUUCAAUGGUUUUCGAUCAUGAAUUCCCUUGUAAUUGUUCUGUUCUUAUCUGGAAUGGUGGGCAUGAUCCUUAUGCGAACGCUUCAUCGCGAUAUUGCGAGAUACAAUCAACUCGAUAAUGAGGAAGAUGCUCAAGAGGAAUUCGGAUGGAAGUUAGUUCAUGGAGAUGUAUUCCGACCGCCAAGGAAUGCCAUGAUGUUGUCCGUAUUUAUUGGAGCUGGAUGUCAGACAUUACUCAUGGUGUCCAUCACACUUGGUCUGUUUACUUUACAAAUGUUCGCCUGUCUCGGAUUUCUGUCUCCAGCAAAUCGUGGAGCGCUCAUCACCUUUGCGUUGGUAUUCUAUGUGCUUUUCGGAAUUGUUGCUGGCUAUGUUGCAGCCCGCUUGUACAAAACAUUCCAAGGCGUGCAUUGGAAGACAAAUGUUAUACUUACUAGUUUCCUGAUACCUGGAAUUCUGUUCUCUGUCUUCUUCUUCACGAACACUCUGCUCUGGAUAAAGGGAUCGUCAGCAGCUGUACCAUUUGGAACCCUGCUAGCCUUGUUGUCGCUUUGGCUGUUUAUUUCUACUCCAAUGACAUUUAUUGGUGCAUUCUUCGGUUUCAAGAAGAGGGCUAUUGAGGCUCCCGUCCGUACGAACCAGAUUCCUCGUCAAGUUCCUGAACAGACGGUGUACACGAAGCCGCUCCCUGGAAUGCUUAUGGGUGGAAUACUCCCAUUCGGAUGUAUCUUUAUUCAGCUGUUCUUUAUUCUCAACAGUAUUUGGGCCCAUCAAACUUACUACAUGUUUGGUUUCCUUUUUGUUGUGUUCCUAAUUCUUAUCAUCACCUGCUCGGAGGCCACUAUUCUUCUUGCAUACUUCCAUUUGUGUGCUGAGGACUAUCAUUGGUGGUGGCGUUCAUUUUUCACGAGUGGAUUUACGGCCGUUUACCUGUUUGCCUAUUGUGUACGAUUCUUCACGAGCAAACUGGCGAUCACGGGAGUUGUCUCGACAAUACUGUACUUCUCCUAUACUGCAAUUUUCGUCUUCAUGUUCUUCCUCAUGACCGGUACAAUUGGAUUCCUGGCGACAUACUAUUUCAUGCACAAGAUCUAUGCCUCAGUGAAAGUGGACUAA